AUGGAGCGAACGUUCGGAGCCAAUGACAUACCACCCAAGGCACGCAUCGUGAUGGGAGUAUACCUUACUACUCUAAGCAAGGAAAGACGCCUCCGCUACAACACGAUACAGCGCAUUAAGAAGCUAUUUCAGAUUAGUCGGACCGCCAUCGAGGGCAUAUGGGUCCUACGGGACAACCCCGCUGGGAUUGGGCAGCCUCGUCGACCGUACCCUUCCCGGAAGACCCACCUCAGCGCCAAGGAUGCUUCGCUUUGGGCUGGGAGGAUUGUGAAAAUGGAGUAA